CAUGGUGGCUGUUCAGUGAAUAGGUGAUAUUUUCGGCUAGUCUUAAAAAAAUUUGAAGCUUAUUUUGCAAGAGUGUUUGAUACAAAUUGUAAACACCAAACCAAUAAGCUUCCACCAAAUUGAGAAUGACGUCUGAAGAAUCCCAAAUCUCGGAAGAAUUGAAGGGAUGUUACGAGAAUCUUAUUGUAAUCGACAUUGGCGCAAACCUGACCAACAAGAAAUACGGCCGUGAUCUCGAUUCUGUAGUACAAAGGGCAAAAGACGCGGGUGUCCAGAAAAUAAUGGUCACUGGCACAUCGGUCAGGAACAGUAAAGAAGCCCUCAGACUGACUCGGCUCUAUCCUGGCACAAUAUACUCCACAGCAGGUGUCCAUCCGCACGAUGCAAAGUCAAUGGUAGACGAGGAUAUGUGGAUGGAGCUGCGGCAGACGGCGAGCGCGCCCGAGUGCGUCGCGGUGGGAGAGUGCGGACUCAACUACAGCAAGGACUUCUCCGAGCCACACGUGCAGCGGGACACGUUCAAACGACAGGUGGAAAUGGCAUGUGAACUAAGCAAACCUCUAUUCGUACACGAGAAAGACGCACAAGAUGACCUUCUAAAAAUACUUGACGAGUUCGGAAACAGAUUACCAGCAGUUGUCAUCCAUUCGUUCACAGGAACAGUGGAACAAGGGUUGAAAUAUAUCGAGAAAGGGUUCUACCUCGGUAUCACAGGGUACAUCUGCAAGGAUAAAUCUGAUGGGGGCAUCAGGAGGCUGUUAUCAGAGAGUAUACUGCCUCUAGAUAAGUUGCUGGUUGAGACUGAUUCGCCAUUUAUGUACCCGAAUAUGAGGGCUUCGAAACUGCCAUUGCACGUCAAGGAUUCGUUAACGGAGAGGUCUAUGAAUUUCGUGAACCGAUACUGCACGUUCCAACGCAACGAGCCGUGCGCGCUGCCCGCCAUCGUAGAGCUGAUCGCCGGCUUCCUGGGCCGCAGUCCCGAGGACGUGGCGCUCGCCACUGCCUUCAACGCGCUCAAGAUUUUCGGCUUGAGUCAGUGAGCCAAAUAGUCAUGCCAACACUGUCUAAUUUAAACUAGGACAUCAUUAUUGAUUGUCGAUAUUUAAUUGAGCGUUUAUAGAUUGGUCUACAAGUUGGGGCCGGGCAGUAUAUUGUAGAAUUAUGUGUUGAAAUAACCAACCAAAUAAAAAAAACGGUCUAUUUUUGUUCGGUCAUCGAUAUUUUAAACAAGCUUAGUAAAAGGUAUAACAAACCGAAGCCUAGUAAUAGUAUUCGUGUAAGAGAACAACAUUGCUAAAAAAGCAAAGGGGACACUUAAAAAUACUAUGAGUUUGGGGCUAAAAAGUACUUGUAUCCAGAGCCGUAAAACAUAAUAAAUCAGAAUAAAGCACGAUGACCAAUUUAUAAACGUGG